CAUGUGUCCACCUUGUUUAUAACGCGCGGAGGCUCCAGGUGACCGGACACUGACCUGUCCGACGUCCCGCAACAGCAUCACAGUCCGUCUCCGCUUUGUUCAUCCGAGCAGGAAUUAAAAACCGAGAGGGAGCCGAAGACAACCGAGACUUCACGACUCCACGAGAUUCUGCUCGUCAGCUGCGGCCCACAGUGUGAUGUGACCGGCGGGUUCCGUCCAACCGACUUCUUCCCCUCCACGCCAGCGACGAAAGCGACCAGCGAUGGCGGCCGCCUCGGGAGUCGCCGCCGGAGGAGCGGCGCCGUCUCCACAGGUGCUGAUGAUGUGUCUCCUCCCGCUGCUGUGGCCGCAGCCCGUCGGCGCCGACGCUGCUCCGGACGCCACAUCCCCCCGGAGCCAGACCGGACCGCGGCUGCAGCUCUCACACUCGGAUCUGAGGAACCGCUCGGCCGUCUUCUGGACGGGGGGGGUCAGCGGGGGCUACCAGGCGCUGCUGCUGGACGAGGACCAGGGCUGGCUGCUGGUCGGCGGCAAGGACCACAUCUACCUGCUGAGGCCCGACAGCCUGGAUCGGCCCUCGCGAGCGGUGUACUGGCCCGCUGCCAGAGAGCACGUGGAGCACUGCAGGCUGGCCGGGAAAAGUCUGGAGACGGACUGCGCCAACUUCGUGCGGCUGCUACAGCCCUUCAACAAGACGCACGUUUAUGCUUGUGGCACCGGCGCCUUCCAUCCACAGUGCACGUACCUGCACUUAGGACACAACGCCGAGGGUCCGUUGUUCAUGUUGUCUCAUGCGACGGAGUCGGGACAAGGGAAAUGUCCCUUCAGUCCCAGAGAGACCUUCACUGCCAGACUGACCGAUGGUGAACUGUACGCGGGCACCUCGGUGGACUUCAUGGGCGCCAACGCCGCGAUCUUCCGCACGACGAUCCAGGGCAGCAGUCAACACUACAUCCGCACCGAGGCCUACGACCAAAACUGGCUGAACGAGCCGGAGUUUGUCGGCUCCUUCUCCAUCCCCGACACCCACAGUCCCGACGACGACAAGGUUUACUUCUUCUUCAAGGAGAAGGCGGUGGAGGCCGGCCAGUGGGACAAGAGGGUGUACAGUCGCGUGGCCCGGGUCUGCAAGAACGACGUCGGAGGGAAGCGGAGUCUGAUCAACCGCUGGACGACCUUCCUCAAAGCCAGACUGGUCUGUUCUGUUCCCGGGCCGUCCGGAGUCAACACGCAGUUUGAUGAGCUGGAGGACAUCUUUGUUCUGGAGACCAAAGACCCUCAAAAUCCCACCAUCUAUGGCGUCUUCAGCACUUCCAGCUCUAUAUUUCGUGGCUCGGCGGUGUGCGUCUACUCCAUGGCGUCCAUCCGAGCGGCUUUCAACGGGCCGUUCGCCCACAAGGAAGGUCCCGACUAUCGCUGGGUGGAGUACAAAGGCCGCAUCCCUUAUCCCAGACCUGGAACUUGUCCCAGCGAGACGUACGACGCCCUCCACAAGUCCACCAAGGACUUCCCCGACGAGGUGGUGAGCUUCAUGCGGCAGCAUCAGCUGAUGUGGGAGCCGGUCCCGCCCCUGGGCGGCAGGCCCAUAUUAACCCGGGUCAACGCGCCCUACAUGUUGAAGAGAGUGGUGGUGGACAGGGUGGACGCCGAGGACGGACCCUACGACGUCUUACACCUGGGCACAGAUGACGGGAAGGUGGUGAAGGCGGUGUCCGUCGUCAAGGACAACUGGGCCACAGAGGAGAUUCUCCUGGAGGAACUGACCGUCUUCCAGAGUCCGACUCCCAUCAUGAGCAUGGAGCUGUCGACCAAGAGACAACAGCUGUAUGUGUCGAGCGAGCUCGGCGUGGCCCAGCUCGGCCUCCAGAGGUGCGAGCUGUACGGGAGCGACUGCGCCGAGUGCUGCCUGGCCCGGGACCCCUACUGCUCCUGGGACGGACAGACCUGCUCCAGAUUCUUCCCCACCAGCAAGAGGCGGGCACGGAGACAGGAUGUGAAACACGGAGACCCCUGGAGCCAGUGCCCAGUCACAGAGGACGGUUCGGACUCUGUGGAGGUGAGGUCGGUGUACGGCGUGGAGGGGAACUCCUCCUUCCUGGAGUGCGUUGCUCGGUCGCCUCAGGCCGAGCUCAGGUGGACGGUGCAGCAGCAAACUCUCAGCCAGACACAUGAGAGCAAACUCUCUCAGAGCGAUGGCGACCGCUCCCUCCACAUGAGGCGCGGGUUGCUGGUCCAGCGCCUGGAGCUGGCUGACGCGGGCCUCUACACCUGCACCAGCCUCGAGCACUCCUACAGCCAGGUCCUGGCCCGGUACCGCGUGCACAUCAUCCCCAACCACAGCCUCCACCCAGACCGCCACCAACAGAACCACGGCCCCAGCCACGGGAAGGCCGGCCCAGCCGGGGGCGGCGGCGGCGGCGCAGGGUUCCUCGGCCAGUCGGGGGCCCCUCAUCCGCCACCGCCGCUGCCGGCACACAGGAACUCGUGGCUGCACCAGCAGCUCCCCGUGAGGAGCUACAAGGACCUGCACAUGGUGGGGACCAACAGACUGAGCGUGGACGAGUACUGCGAGCAGCUGUGGUACCGCGAGAAGCGCCGGCAGCAGAAGCUCCGCACGCUGAAGCUGAAGCAGGAGAGCAGGAAAGCCCGGGUGAGGAGGAACAACCCCCCUGAGAUGCCCCUCUAGUGGCCUGCGGCAGGACACAGACACUGACUCUGAACGUGCAGACGACGAGGAGGAGAGGUCGAAUCCACAAAGUUUGCCUUUUGAGCAAAUGAUGCCAAGUGUCAAUAAGACUGACACAAAGAAAGAGCAGAUUAUAUCCUAACCCUGAAUAUUAAACACUGCAGAAAAAUGUAAAAAGCAAUGUAGAAAUAAGUGAUUUAUCUCUGAACUUAUAUUAUUAACGACGUUCAUUAUUGUUUGGAACAUACAGCAGUUAGAGAUGUUAUAUGUCAGUCGGCGUUGGGGGAAAAAAUUCAGUAGAGCCCACCGAUAUGGAUUUUUAAAUAUAAAUAAAAUAUGGAUCUAAAUUUUUUAACUAUAAAUAAAAAUAAAACACAAAAUCAUAAUUUUUUUUAAACGUGAAAUGUAAACAUAUUUCCGACAUUGUUUAUUCUGUAAAAUAAUACGUUUUUAGAUAUUAUCGACCGAUUAAUCGGUCGGUCGAUAAUAUCUAAAAACGUCGACGUCUGAUGGAGAAUUCAGCUCACGACACACACACACACCUUCGCAUCGCAAAGGUUGGCGUGUUACACAAUUCCUCAUGGUUAUGAGGAAUACUGUAUUAUCUGAUUCAUUUCAUCAUGGACAGAGACUCAGUUUCCAGGGGAAGAGAUGCAUCUGAUCACAUUUUGUUUUUCAGGCGUCUAGAUAAACGAACCCUGCCGGCUGAUUAUUAUCUGGCUAAUGAUGAAAAUAACAACUAACUGAUCAGAGUUUAAAGCGCCUGACUACAUGUUUCCUUUAUAAGCUUCUAAAUGCGAGUGAUGGCAUCCUACAUAUAAACAUCACCGUCUCAAAUUUACAGCUGUUUUACUGUGUUUGGGUUUUUUUGGGGGCCGUUAAACUGUAAAAACUGAGGUUCCUAUUUUUUUCUAAACUUAACUUGAUUGUUGCUUAUUUACAGUAGUUGAGACUAUUAAAUAGUGUAGGGAAAAGUUUAAGAAGUUUAAAGUUACUACUUUAAAUUUCAGAAAAACUAGUGGGCUAUAUUAUUUACUUUUACUCUUAUGCUAUUAAUGCAACACACAAACACACACACACACACUCAUAUAUAACAGACAGAACGACAGAAGACUUCAUAAGAAAAGUGUUUGCUGAGUUCACUGCUACAUUUAACUGUGUUUACCAGAAACAUGCAGUAUAAUGUUUUAUUAUCGUGUAUUUAUGUUUGUUCUCGGAUGUAUUUGCUGAUCUUGACGUUAUACUGUACGUAUUACAUUGGGAGGAAUAAAGGCCUGAGUGGAAACGCACACAUGAAAUGGACCUUGCUUGAAAACGCCUCGUAUGUAUAGCGUAUUAACGCUGCUGUGUAACUAUUAAUUAUCAUUCACAACGAUGUAUAUUAAAGAACUCUUAUUUUUGAUAGCUUUCUUUCUUCAUGUGCUACGAAUUUAGUCCAUUUUUUCCCACUGUGUUUAUGUAUAAACGUGUUUUUUUCCUGAUAAGCAAAUGAAAACGUUUUUAAGUCACAAUUCUCUAAUAAGCUUUGAGAUGAAGAUCUGAGUAAUCAAAUUGUUUGAUACUGUAUGUGAAACAGCCACAAAAUGAUAACUUACAUGUAAAAUAAAUCUGAUAAAAAAUA